CUCCCAGGAACUCACUCUCUGAGGUAUUUUCACCUGGGCGUGUCAGACCCUGGUCAUGGGGUCCCUGAAUUUGUUUCAGUUGGGGACGUGGACUCUCACCCUAUCACCACGUAUGACAGUGUCACUCGGCAGAAGGAGCCGCAGGCACCAUGGAUGGUGGAGAACCUGGCGCCUGACCACUGGGACAGGUACACGCAGCUGCUGAGGGGCUGGCAGCAGACCUUCCAGGUGGAGCUGAAGCACCUGCAGCGGCGCUACAAUCACUCAGGGUUUCACACUUACCAGAGGAUGAUUGGCUGUGAGCUGCUGGAGGACGGAAGCACCACGGGGUUUCUCCAGUAUGCAUAUGAUGGACAGGAUUUCAUUAUCUUCAACAAAGACACCCUCUCCUGGACGGCUGUGGAUCAUGUGGCCCACAUCACCAAGCGGGCAUGGGAGGCCAAUCAGCAUGAAUUACAAUACCAAAAGAAUUGGCUAGAAAAAGAAUGCAUUGCCUGGCUAAAGAGAUUCCUGGAGUACGGGAAAGACACACUGCAGAGGACAGAGCCCCCACUGGUCAGAGUAAAACGCAAAGAAACUUUUCCAGGGAUUACAACUCUCUUCUGUAGAGCUUGUGGCUUUUACCCCCCAGAAAUUUCCAUGAUCUGGAUGAAAAAUGGGGAAGAAAUUGCCCAAGAAAUGGAUUAUGGAGACAUUGUUCCCAGUGGGGAUGGAACCUACCAGACUUGGGUGUCUGUUGAGCUGGAUCCUCAGAGCAGCGACCUUUACUCCUGUCAUGUGGACCACUGUGGCAUCCACAUGGUUCUUCAGGUCCCCCAGGAAACAGAAACUAUCCCUCUGGUGAUGAAAGCUGUCUCUGGGUCCAUCAUCCUUGCCAUUGUCCUGGCUGGAGUUGGCAUUCUGGCCUGGAGGAGACGGUCUUGAGACAAAAAUGGAGUCAUCUACCUUCCUACACCAGAUAAAUGAUGUAGCUAUCUCUUUUCAAGUUCUCUUUCCUAGGAACCAUGGUCUCCUCUGUCCCCCAUGGACUCAAGUCCAGUCCUUAAAUCUCUUGACCACAUCUACCAUACAUGUGGGUAUUAUAGGAUUGUGCAUUUAUGGCAGAAAGAUAGGAGCCACAAAAAAAUUUUUUUUUCUUUAUCUCCAAAAAGACUUUCAGCUUUUAGCCUCUUUUGAUGGAUUCCUUUAUCACAUCUGGCUUUAUAUACAGCUCGUCUCCUGAUACAACACUUCCUUACAAUCCAUUUGUCAAUGAUGAUUCAUGAGUAGAGUAGAGAAUCUCAGAGCUGGAAGGAACCUUCUCAUCCGUGACAAGAACUGUUUUCCACAAUGCUUUUGACUUGAGCUUCCACUUGACUCCAUCCUCCACUUGAGCACCACGUGAAGGGCACCCCAAUACAUCAUCAAAUGGCCUUUCUCAUUCAUCU